AUGCGUCUUCCAUUACAAGUCUUCCAGGGCUUUCCUGGAAACAUUUCCUACGUGACCUUAAGGGAGGCACUGUGUCUAAUCACCAACAAGGUGGUUACUGUGGCAAACGAGGAGCAUAUGGCGCGUCCUCGAAGCGCUGAGCCGAAGUCUGCGCGUGAAGAAAGGUUUGCAUCACAGUCAUGGGAGGCCCUGCGAGAGUCUGGUAACCCCGUCUACGACAUUGCUCGUGAGUAUGCAGACGUGUUCCCGGACAAGAUCCCGGCUGAACUUCCUGCGGACCGUGGUGUUCCGCACGAGAUUGAUCUCGUACCAGGGUCGAAGUAUUGUGUGACACGGCAGUGGCCGUUGCCUCGAGAUCAAGUCAAAGCUAUUGACGCAUUCUUCGAAGGCCGUCGCAAAGCGGGUCAUGUGCGUGAAAGUAUCUCAUCACAUUCGAGUCCAACCUUCUGCGUGAAGAAGGCUACGGGAGGCUGGCGGAUAGUGCAUGCGUUGAAUAAGUCGAAUGAUGCCACUAUUCCUGCGCAAACGCCAAUUCCCAGGAAGGACAUGGUGCUGAAUUCCAUGUCAGGAAGUGUCAUCUUCAGUGCCAUCGACUUGACCGAUGGCUUUUACCAGCUUUUGAUGCGACCGAGUGAUAUCCCACUCAUCGCGGUUAGCACCCCGAGUGGCAUGUUAUGGGAGUGGCUGGUUAUGACACAAGGGUUGAAGAACGAUCCAGCCACUUUCAAUCGCAUGGUAUCUCAAGUGUUGCGACCCCUUCGGAACUUUGCUCCAAGUAAUUUUGACGACAUUUUCGUUCAAAGUCGCGCCGAGGGCAACCACAACGAUGUCCAAGUUCACCUUCACACCUGA